AUGUCGCUUCUCUCGCAGCCUGUCACAUUCCCUCACUCUGGCUUGACGGCGCCGACGCCGACGCUCAAGUCGGCCAUGACCGAGCGCCUGUGCACUUACGACGCCGCGAACCUCGACGAGCGAGGAAAGGUCACGCCCGAGUACAUCAAGCUCUACGAAGAAUGGGGCAAGGGCGCCAUUGGCGUGAUCGUGUUGGGCAACCUGCCCAUCUCCCGCACCGACCUCGAGGCGCCGAAGAACGCCGUCAUCGACGCACGGUCGUCGUGGGACCCGGUUCCGGGCUUGAAGCGCGCGAUCGACGCUGCGAAGGCGCAUGGCUCGCUCGUUAUCGGCCAGCUCACGCACGGCGGUCGCCAGGUUUCUGAGGAGGUCAACAAGAACCCAGUCUCCGCCUCGGACGUCCAGUGCCCUCCUAUGGGCGGCAUGACCUUCGCCAAGCCCCGCCCGAUGACGGUCCAGGAGAUCGACGACGUCGUCAAAGCCUUCGGCUACGGCGCCAAGGUCUUGUACGACGCGGGCGCACACGGCAUGCAAGCGCACUCGGCGCACGGCUACCUCCUUUCGCAAUUCCUCUCGGCGCGCGUCAACAAGCGCACGGACGACUAUGGCGGCUCGCUCGAGAACCGCUUCCGGAUUGUGCGCCGGGUGUUUGAGGAGGUUCGCCGACAAGUUGCCGACCAGAAGUUCAUGCUCUCGAUCAAGAUCAACUCGGCGGACUUUGCGGACGGCGGCCUGACGUUUGAAGAGUCGAAGCAGGCCUGCAUCUGGCUGGACCAGAUCGGUCUCGACUUGAUCGAGCUCUCCGGCGGCUCGUACGAGUCGCUCGCGUUCGAGCACAAGAAGGAGUCGACCAAGAAGCGCGAGGCCUUCUUCGUCGAAUUCGCCGAGCAGAUCCGACCGGCGCUCAAGAACGCCAAGUUGGCUGUCACGGGAGGGUUCAGGACCAAGCAGGCGAUGGAACAGGCGCUGAAGGAGCACUCAUGCGAUGUUGUGGGACUUGCGAGGCCCUUGACGGCGGAACCCUACUUGAUCAGGGAGAUGAUCGAGGGGAAGAAGGACGCCGCGCGGGAGAACAAGGCGCCCAACGCCGUCCAGACCGGCACCUCGAUCGUCCAAAUCGGCGCCAUCGCAACUGGCAAGCCCAUCCCCGACUUGGCAGACGAGAAGGUCGUGCAGGAAGUCCUCGCAGUGUUGCAGGGCAAGAAGCCGAAGGAGGACAAGCCUCAUCAGGAGCAGGACGUCAAGACUUCGUAUGAGAAGAGCGAGAACAAGGGGAAGCUUUAG